UCAGGGUGGUGUGGAGAUGGUGUCCAAUCAGCAGACGCCGCUGCCGGCUUUAUAAACUUCACAUAGGCAUUUGGAGGCUAUACUCCGACUGUGAAAGAAGGAAGCUAGCUAGCGCCAUGGCCAGAACCAAGCAAACCGCUCGCAAAUCCACCGGUGGCAAAGCACCCAGGAAGCAGCUCGCCACCAAGGCUGCGCGCAAGAGCGCCCCGGCCACCGGCGGCGUGAAGAAGCCUCACCGUUACAGGCCCGGCACCGUGGCUCUGAGAGAGAUCCGUCGUUACCAGAAGUCCACUGAGCUGCUGAUCCGCAAACUGCCCUUCCAGCGCCUGGUGAGAGAAAUUGCCCAGGACUUCAAGACCGACCUGCGCUUCCAGAGUUCCGCCGUGAUGGCCCUGCAGGAGGCUAGCGAGGCUUACCUGGUCGGCCUGUUCGAGGACACCAACCUGUGCGCCAUCCACGCCAAGAGGGUGACCAUCAUGCCCAAGGACAUCCAGCUGGCCCGUCGUAUUCGCGGAGAGCGCGCUUAAACGAUGACCUGAUGUCCAAAAUCCCCCAAAGGCUCUUUUAAGAGCCACCUCCAUAUUUCCGUCAAAGGCACAAUUGUUCCAUAUGUACACGCCCCUCUCCAGACCGUAUCAUAAAUAAGAGUUGGUUGUUAACUAAAGGUCACAUCGAAAGGAAAAGCUGCUUAUAGUAUUGCAGCUUCAAUAUAAUGUGACUAGAGUAGAACAGUCAAAGGAGGGGAAAAUACAGUGAUAGUAAUGAUAUAGGGCAAAAAGUGGCAAUAAUUGUCACUAUGUAGCUAAGAAAAACAUUGCUUUGAAAGUCCCAUAUUGCAGUGGUGCUGAGAGACUCAUGCAGAGGGGAAAACUUUCCCGUGGAGCACGGAGGCCAUCUAGUGGUUAAACGUGGUUCCCUAUUAGUAUUUGAUCUUCAGGCCAGCGUUUCCCAAACUCUGUCCUCUGCUAGAGUCAUUCAAUGACUUUGUGAUAAUCGCCAUUGAUUGCAACAAAAAAAGCCGUUUUGAUCUGAUCAUUAGCACGUCAGGGUAAAGCUGUGUGCACCCCAUAAUUCAUGCGACUGACUAAGGUAUUGACAGUAAAAUGAUAUCUCUGUCCAACGCAAGUGAAUGUAUUUCGUGGGAUGAAGUCAGAUCCCUGAUCCCAUGAAUAAUCCCAUUAAUGACAUACCCAUCGUUAAGAGAAAAGGUAUCAGGACAGCAGGAAUCAAUAGAUGUAAUCAUCGACGGCUUGCAAAACAGCUGUUCUGAAACAGGACACAAGAAGCUGCAGUGAUUGACCUAUUAUUAGUUGAGCAAUUACAGAAUUGCAAUCACCAGUGCAGGUACGUCCUGAUUGCAGCAUAGUCUUCAUAAGGAAGUAAAUGCCUCAGCACAUGACAACUUCACAGU